CAGCGGCGUUAGCGGCAGCAGCAGCGGCGACGACGACGACGUCGACGACUGUGGGCAGUAAAGGAUUCGUUGUAUAUACCGUGUUGUCGAGACACACGGCACGGCACGUGAACGCAAGGAAGAUGUGAACGGAUGGAAAGCGCGUGAGAGUUUUUUUAGUGACGUUGUUCGGUACAUGACGUAUGUUACAUUCAUCUAUACGCGAGCGCACGCGAGAGAUCGACUCUGUGAAAACCGUACACACAAGGUGCUGUGAGAAUCUCGUCUCGUGGUCUUUGCACGGAGAUUUAGGUUACUUGUGCGGUGAACGAACCUCGCUCACACACGAAAUAGUGUACGAAAAAGGUGUGUGUUGUUUCCGUGAGUCUGUGUCUGUUAAUAUAAAAAGCACGCUUUUGUGACACACACGUAAAUUACUCGUGCUUCAAUUCGCACGAUGUGCGUUUGAAUCUCGUUCUCGCUGUUUCUCUUUAUAUGUGAUUUUCCUGUGCGUGCGUAAUCGUUUUUUUAAUGUGUCUCGAAAUUACGUGGAGAUAGCGAUAACUAAUAAAAUUGAAGGACUAUCGUCGUCUCAUCGUUGUUAUAAAUAUUAUUAUUAUCAUUAUCAUCAUCAUCAUCAUCCAUCAUCAGCAGCAACAGCAGCACGUUGUACCGUGUUGUGUCAACGUAAUCCACGGCAGCAGCAGCAGCAGCAGCAGCAACAUUAGCAGCAGCAGCAGCAGCAGCAGCACCAUCACCACCACCACCGUCGCCACCACCACUACCACCGACGCCUCUUCAGUAAUUAAACCAAACAAAAUGGACACCGAGAUAACGAUUGAACGAACACUCGUGUAGUAGUCUCUCCCUCGUUUUCCGUACCUCUUCCUCUCUGUAACUUUUUCCCCUCAGACUUUUCCUGAAUUUUGUGUUUUCUUUAGAUGGCACUUCAGAAAGGAUGGGAUCGCCGUUCGUACAGCUACAGCGAGAUCUUGAAUUUACCAUGGGCACGUUACUGGCUAUAGAAGAGAUUGUACAAUAUUCUCACAAGGCUGAAAUGGAGGCGAAGAGUCCUUCAGCAUAGACAUGGACUACGAUCUGUUUGGUGAAGAUGUCAGUGGCUCGAUGCUCGAGGCUCUUCCUGAUCUCGGAGGAAACGAUCAUUUCGAUCCUGCGCCUGCGAAUAAUUCCGUAACGGUGUCCAGGGACGGUCUGAAUUCUGGCCCUAAUGGAGGAGGGAGUUACAUUAGCCGAUCCUACAACAUUUCCCAAGAAUCUCCAAUACAAAAAUUGACUUCAUUCGGCGGAUCUGAAUUUGGUAGUUCAAAUCAGUUACAAAAUCCGUCGCAACGCAGUAUGUUUAACCAAAAUCUUGGCACGUUCGAUAAUAGCGCCACGCCUCAGCGCGCAAUGGUGCCGGGCGCUUUUCAAAAUCAGACCCGUAAUAUCGCGCCGCAGCAGCAUAGAGGACCCCAUUCGGGUAGCAGUGGUCAGUAUCCUAGCUACAAUGACAAUAUGUAUUCUAUGGAGCCGCAACACUCAAUGGCAAGGGCCAAUAUGAGUAUAGACCCCAGCCAGCAGGGCUGGCCAGGUAACGGAAGUGGUUAUCCACAAAUGCAGAGGCAUUAUAAUCAGAUGACUCCGCAGCCUGGGCCGUAUAGGCAACAUAUGCCGCCACAGUAUUCUCAUCAGCAGGACCAAGCUGGUGUAAUCAAUCAAAAAAUGCAGCAGCAGCAGCAGCAACACUUCAGCAGUCAACAAGGAAUGAUUAGUAAUAUGGGAGUUUUGCAUCAAUCGAUGCAGGCUGGCGCGACUAGUGGUGUCUAUCAGCAUAUGGUCAGCCAACAGCAACACUACCAACAAGGUAAUUCGGUCGCGGCGAUGUAUCAAACUUCUCCCGGCUAUCCUGGUUUCGCCCCGACGAUACAUCAACAACAACAAGCGCAACAAGCGUCUCAGGCAAGAAUGCCGCAUCAUCACCCGACUCAUCCCACUCAUCAGCCGCAUCCGUCUCAUCCUCAGCAGUAUCCUCAGCAUACUACUCAACAUCCGAAUGCACAGCAGCAACCAACGAUGGAUCCUCAAUAUCCCCAUCACGCUACAUCAAUGUUCAAUCAACCGCAACAUUCAGCAUCACCGUCGCAGCAGUUUAACACGGCAACAGCGACCGCUAAGCACUCGACGAGUCCUCAGUACCGCGCACCGUUUCCGCAACUGUCUCCACAAAUGUCUCCGAGGCCGCAAAUGUCUCCGCGUCCGCCGGCGGUGCAACAACAAAUGUCGCCACGACCCAUCAUGUCACCUGCCAAACCCACCACGUUGUCGCCACAUCCUCAUGUUCAGCUUCCUCAUCAGCAAGGAAAUCAGCCUAAUCCUAUGUCGGUGUCGCCCUCGUGUCCGCCUACAUCUAUGCAAAUGAAUCCGUCGUCGCAGCAGCAACAGCAGCAGCAGCAACAAACGACCUUACAGGCUUUGGAACAAAUGGUUAUGCCGGGUGUUGCGGUGUCGAAUUCCGGUGUCUCCGCUCCUGAUCAAUACAAUCAGUUCCAAACACAUCCGCCUAUGUCACAAACGUCAAACGUUUUGCCGCAACAAUCACCACAGAGUUCCAUGCCGGCGCAAGUCACAGGACCUAGAAUGCCAAUGCCCGCUCAGUGGCAAGCACAUCCGCAAUCACAACAGCAGCAACAGUCACAAAUAAGGCCGAGCAUUGGAGUGAAUGAGGAUCGAAGUGGCGUAGCGGAGACCCAGCAGACACCGAUAGUAUCCGAACAAAGUGCCCCAGUAUUUCCUGGGUCUGAGACCGCUGUCCACAGUGUUGUAGAAACUGCGACAACGAGCACAACGACAACGAGAGAACCGACGACGAUGACGACGUCCACAACGACGACAACAACAACAACAACAACGACCACGACGACUACGGCGACGACGACGAUUGCGACGGCAUCAACGACUGAAAAUGUUGUGCAGGCUUCUGUUGAAACCCCAAAACAGCAAGAACCCGAGCCGUCUCUACACCAGAAUGUUCAGAAUCAGCAACCGGAUGUGACUGUGCAACUUGGUCCACUCCAAGUGGAUACUUUGACACAAAAUAAUUCUCAGAGUAAUCUACCGUUAGAUCACACACCUGUGGCAGCUAAUGUAUCCACACCGACAAGCAUAUCUCAAAUCGAAACUGUGCAGUCUCUUCCAGUGUCCAGCACAAACGGAAGUAUGGAAUGCACGAAUGCAACUGCCUCGUUACAACAGCAACAAACUGUUGUCGCGCCAUUUCAGAAUCCUGUUUCUAGUAUUGAAGAUCAGAAUAUAUGCGAAACAAAACCGCAGGAACAAAGUGUAGAAAUACAUCAGCCUCAUUCACAACACACUGUAGGACAGCCACAAUCGCAGACUCAACAGCCUAUAACUUGUUCUCCUCAGCAACCGGUGCACCAAUCGGUGCAGCAACCAGUACAGCCACUUCAUAUGGCUCAACCGCAAAUAGCACAAUCUCAAACAACGAUACCUCCUCCUCAGCCGCAGUUACAGUCACCACAACAAUCGCAAUUGAGUCAACCGCAGCCAGCUCAGAUAAAUCCACAGCAACAAAUAUCUCAGCUUCAACAGAUUGCAUCUACUCAACAGCCACAAAUUCCUCAACCUCAACCAUCUGUACUGAAUCAAGCACAACCAAUAGCAACUCAACAAAUUCCAUCAGUGUCUCAGCCUCAAAUGGUACAACCACAGCCGCAAGUGGGACAAGCUCAACAACCUCAACCGCCGCAAAUAGGACAGUCGCCACAACUUCAACUGGGACAAUCACAAUCUCAGUUGACACAACCCGCUCAGCAGAGUUGUGUUACACAGCAGGCGCAAUCGACCACUUCUCCGCAGGCGCAGCCAUCUCAUAUACAAUCGCAACAAGUCGGUAUGAUGCCGCAGAGCACUGCGUUAUUGUCGCCUCAACAAAUGCCGGCGCAACUGCAAGCACCGUCGAUGCAGAAUCCGGCAGCUCAGAUGCAAAAUCAAAACGCUCAGGUUUCGUCUGCGCACCUGAAUGCUCAACAAAUAUCUACGGUUAGCCAGACCGCUGGUAUGGUGCUGCCGCCGCAUCAAGCUACAGUUCCCGUGCCAAAUCCACAAGCACCGCAUCAGUAUCAUCCCGGAGGCGAGAUGAUCACCGGCACUAUGCCGAAUAUGUACACUAUGCCGGCUAAUCCUACACAAGCUCCAGUUGCAGCGAGCGGCUUCGGUACGUCCUGUGCACCGCUUACGCAUCAUCAAGAGCGAGCUGCGCUUCAACAGCAAUUGCAGGAAUUAUAUUGUAUGCCGCCAGCUCCAGAGAAUCAAGAGAAGAUAGUCGCUUUACAGGAGAAGCUGCAAGCAUUGCAGCAACACGAGACAAACGAUCAAUGUAAUGGUGGCGCGCAGUGUAUACUACAAACACCCAUGUUCACGGCUCCUGCUGUAGUCGAUAGUCCACAAGUAACGAGUACCACUGGACGUGGUCGAAGCAAAGGUAUGCCACGAGCGAAAAAAAGCCGAAAAAAAGCGGAUAAAGAAGCAUCCGCGCCUAGUACUGCCAUUCAGCAACAGCCUGAGCAACCCUUGUCUGACAAUAAAGUCACACCAGGCGAUAGUAGCAAUAUAGUAGAUAGCGUUGCAGAUUCCGAAGAUAUAAAGCCAUCUUCUGGCGAUAUAGAAGAGGAGUGGAAUAAAGGUAGGAAGUCACGUUCACCUCGAAAGCCGCGUAAACCGAAGGAACCGAAAGAACCCAAAGAGCCGAAACCUAAGAAAGAACCAAAACCGCCGAAAGAGCCGAAGUCGCCAAAGGUGUCGAGAAAAAGGAACAAGGAUAAAGACAAAGAUUCUACGAAGCGUAACAGAAAAAAAACUAAUCAAUCUGAGUCUGCUGAUGACGAAGUACGCGAGAACGAAGAAACUGCCGUUUCGGAUUCUAGUGCUAUUAAGGAUUCUGAGACAAAGGUCUGUGAACCUUCUAUACAAGGUGAUCAAGAACAGGUUGAUUCUUCGACUACUGAACCUUUGUUAAGCGAAGUAAAAGAAGAAGGCAAGGAGAAAACAGGAGACGAUGCUCCAGAAGAGGAAAAGAAGGAAGAAAGCUCGGAAGCAGCUAUUGCCGAAAAUACUAGUAAGAAGAAACCCGCGGCGAGAAAACGAUCUAGCACUGGAAAAUCUGGUAAAUCGUCCAGAAGUUCCAAAAAACGUAAGAGUCGCAUUGCGCCCGAUUCUGACGGUGAGGAAUUGGCAGCGACGCCUCCGCCGUCACCAGAAGCUGGUGAUGAUGUGAACAAAAGACGUUCUGCAAGAAACACUCACCGCAAGAAGUACGUGGACGAUGUGAUGUUGCGAUUCUCAGACGAUGACGUUCCUAUACAGGAAACUCAAGCGAAGAAGGUCGAAGGUGCGAAUACUUCGAAGCCCGUUACUGCUAAAAAGGAAGGCGGUGAAGGUAGCGAAGUCGGACCUAACAAACCCAACUUUGUAUAUAUUAAUACUACCGAUGAGGAUUCGAUGGUUGUGCAACAUAUUUUAAGUUCUCGUGUAGGAAGAAGAGAAGUUAAACCUGUAGUAGUACCGAAAGUAGAAGUAUCGGAAAAGAGUGAAAGCGCUGACAAAGAAGACCCGGUUGAUGACGAAAACGCGUCUGACAAUCCCGUGAAGAAGGAAAACGCAGAAACAGAAGAAAAUGAAAUUAAAUGCGAAAACACGACCGAAGACGAGAAAAAGAGCGAAACCGACAGUCCGAAAAAAGAUAACGCAAAGAAGCAAGAGGAAUCCACAGAUUCUAAAGCAGCUGAGACUGCCGUUGUCGAGGCAAAGCCGCAGUUUCUCGACGUUGAAGAGUAUUAUGUCAAAUAUCGAAAUUUCUCGUACUUGCAUUGUGAAUGGAAAACCGAGGAAGAAUUAUACAAAGGAGACAAACGUAUACAGGCUAAACUGAAGAGAUUCAAACAGAAACAGCAACAAAACACCAACAUUUUUGAAAAUACCGAAGAUGAUCACUUCAACCCAGAUUUUAUCGAAGUUGAUCGUGUCUUGGACGAAGCAAUUCACACCGAUCCGACUACUGGCGAAACGGUCAGACAUUAUUUGGUCAAAUGGCGUUCUUUACAGUACGAAGAUUCCACUUGGGAAUUAGAAGAAGAUGUUGAUUCCGAAAAGAUAGCGCAGUUUGUGAAAUUCAAUAAAUUACCACCAAAGGAACAGUGGAAGCCAAAAAAGAAACCCAAUGCCACAGCUUGGGUGAAGCUGGAAGAAUCGCCGAUAUAUAAAAACGACAACACUUUAAGACCGUAUCAAUUGGAAGGUUUAAACUGGUUGCUGUUUUCGUGGUAUAACGGACACAAUUGUAUACUCGCCGACGAAAUGGGUUUGGGAAAGACGAUCCAGUCCUUAACAUUUGUCGAUGCGGUGUACAAGUACGGAAUUCGCGGUCCUUUCUUAAUCAUAGCUCCUUUAUCGACAAUUCCAAAUUGGCAACGAGAAUUUGAAAAUUGGACUGACAUGAAUGUCGUCGUGUAUCAUGGAUCUGCGGCAAGUCGUACGAUGCUUCAAGAGUACGAGGUUUAUUACAAGAAUGAAAAAGGACAGCAAAUCAAAGAUUUGAUCAAAUUCAAUGUAUUAAUUACGACGUUCGAGAUAAUUAUAACCGAUUUUAACGAACUCCGUGGUUACAAUUGGAGAUUGUGCGUUAUAGACGAAGCUCAUCGAUUAAAAAAUCGAAAUUGCAAACUCCUCGAAGGUCUCAGACAAUUAAAUUUGGAACACAGAGUACUCUUGUCGGGAACACCGUUACAAAAUAACGUGAACGAACUAUUUUCUUUAUUGAAUUUCCUCGAACCGCAACAAUUUUCAAGUAACGAGGCAUUCUUGAAAGAAUUUGGCAAUCUAAGUAGCGAGGGUGAGGUCCAGAAACUUCAACUUCUGUUAAAGCCCAUGAUGUUACGUCGUCUGAAGGAGGACGUUGAAAAAUCGUUAGCGCCAAAAGAGGAAACCGUUGUCGAGGUGGAACUGACGAACAUUCAGAAAAAAUAUUAUCGCGGUAUACUUGAAAGAAACUUCUCGUUUCUCGCGAAGGGCACAACGUCGGCCAAUAUUCCGAAUCUUAUGAACACGAUGAUGGAACUGAGAAAGUGUUGCAUUCAUCCAUUUUUGCUUAAUGGCGCCGAGGAUCAAAUACAGUUGGAUUACAAGACCGGCGAGAAGGAAGAUUCCGAAGCAUAUUUUCACGCUUUAGUAAACAGUUCCGGCAAGAUGGUGCUGAUAGACAAGUUACUGCCGAAACUAAAAGCUAAUGGUCAUCGAGUCUUGAUAUUCAGUCAGAUGGUAAAGUGUCUCGAUCUACUUGAAGAUUAUCUUAUGUACAAGAAAUAUCCUUACGAGAGAAUAGAUGGUCGGAUUCGCGGUAAUGUUCGACAGGCCGCCAUUGAUCGUUACAGCAAACCCGAUUCGGACAGAUUUGUCUUUUUGCUCUGCACGAAAGCUGGCGGACUCGGUAUCAAUCUAACCGCGGCCGAUACUGUCAUCAUCUACGAUAGCGAUUGGAAUCCACAAAACGAUUUGCAAGCCCAAGCUCGCUGCCAUAGAAUCGGACAGCAGAAGAUGGUUAAAGUUUAUCGUUUGCUCUGUCGCAACACAUACGAGCGAGAGAUGUUUGACAAGGCUUCUCUGAAAUUAGGUCUCGACAAAGCUAUCUUGCAGUCUAUGAACACCAGCCAAGGCGGUAAAGAUCCUAGCAAUAAACAGUUAACGAAGAAGGAGAUAGAAGAUUUGUUGAAAAAAGGCGCUUACGGCGCGAUCAUGGACGACGACAAUGCCGGUGACAAGUUCUGCGAGGAAGAUAUCGAUCAGAUUCUCGAACGAAGAACUCAGGUUAUUACAAUAGAGGCGGAAAAGGGCUCGACGUUCUCGAAAGCUAGUUUCGCGUGUUCGUCAAACCGAUCGGACAUUAACAUAGAUGACCCCGACUUCUGGAAGAAGUGGGCGAAGAAGGCGGAAAUCGACACGACAGAGAAGAAAGAAGAAGACGAACUAGUGAUAUCUGAACCUCGGCGGAGAACCCAGAUCAAGCGUUACGGACAUGACGAGUCAGUAGUUGACAUGUCCGAACUAGACAGCUCGGACGAGAACAGCGACGACGACACAAGUAUCGGCCUGUCCGGUAGAAGCAAGAAACGACGCGACAAAUUCGGCAAGAAAACUAGAAAGUUUUACGACGAAUACGUUCCACGUGAAGGAGAAGUGGUUUAUGGCAGUUGGGCGCGUAGCGAAUGCUUCAAGGUCGAACGUGGACUUCUGACGUAUGGCUGGGGUCGCUGGGAGGAAAUUUUGCACAACAGUCAAUUUCGACGUGGCUGGCGCGAGGUCGAUGUUGAAGAUUGCGCGCGCGUUAUUCUGUUAUACUGUUUGCGUUAUUAUCGCGGCGACGAGAAGAUUCGCAACUUCAUCUGGGAUCUUAUCACACCCGUGGAGAACGGCGAGAAGGUGAAAAAUGUCUCGGUUAAUACCGGCAGCAGGAACAGCAGGCAGAAGAAGAAAAGUCGCGUUCGAGAAGGACGAGAAACUCGAGGAUCGGUUGUCAACGGCGGACCGAGCGACCCUAAUCACUGGAGUAACGCGGAGAAGUACGACGGUGACAUCUUUCUCGAAAGUAAUUACAGAAAGCACCUCAGUCGGCACGCUAAUAAAGUGUUGUUGCGCGUGCGAAUGCUGUAUUACAUCAAACACGAGAUUAUCGGUGACUUGGUACAACACAUCUCUGACGGUAUUCACGUGAGUGCGUUGCCGAUAGACCCUCCACAGUUGACGGAACGACCGGCGAAAUGGUGGGACUCUACAGCUGAUAAAUCCUUAAUAGUCGGCUGCUACAAACACGGCUACGAGAAUUACGACCAGAUGAGGACUGACCCCACGCUUUCUUUCAUUCAAAGCUGUCCUCUCCUUUUCCAGAACUCUCAGAACAAGAGUAAUACCGACAGUAGCAGCAGAGAUGAUAAUAGUUUGGAGAACGAGGAUGACGGGGAAUCGCCCGGAAUGACGAAAGAUUCGAAAGAUUCUGACAAAUUCAGUCGAGAAACCCCGGCGGAUUCUCCCACCAUAUCGAGUAAAGCGGACACGCCGGUGCCGGAGACCAGCGGUAGUCAUGAAAAUGACGGUCUUCCGGAUGACGAGAAGAUGUGGCCGUCCGUGGUCGAUCUCAAUACACGAUUGCGUCGUGUGAUAUCCUCUUAUCAACGAAGCGUUGGUAAGAAGGAGGACGUUAAAAUUAUUCCAAAAACUGGCAAGAUGGGAAUGGAAAGCGAAAACGCUCCUUCCAUAAAUCAUAGUGGCAUGAUGCACGAACCGCCCUUGAAUAUGCAAGGAUGGGAUUUACAGCAGUUAGCGAUGUACCUACUGAAAAUGGAAAAGAGAGAGAAAAUGGAGGCUGUCGUGAAGGAAAGAGAACGUCGUAUCGAGGAGCAAAGAGCAAAGUGGACGCGUCGCGAAGAGAGCGAGUUUUUGCGAGUUGUGUCCACGUACGGCGUCAAUUACGACAGAAAGAAAGCUCAAUACGAUUGGACAAAGUUCAAAAGUAUUGCCAGAUUUGAUAAAAAAACGGAUAACGAUCUUACGGAUUACUACAUGUCGUUUAGAGCGAUGUGCAAAAAAGUCUGUAAUGCAAAACUAAACGAAGAAGAAGAUUUUACAGAUGUUCCAGUGGAUCAGUUGAGUCCUGCCAAAGCGAGACAGAUACUCGAUCGCGUCGAUCUCCUGAGUAAGAUUCGCGAAGAGAUCCUGUCGCAUCCGCAUCUUGAGGAACGGCUGUUACUGUGUCAGCCGUCGGGAGAUACGCCGGAUUGGUGGCAGUUAGGAAAACACGACAAAGAAUUGUUACUUGGCGCUGCGAAACACGGUCUCGGACGUACCGACAUAACUAUAUUAAACGAUCCAGACUUAUCAUUUCAUAAGCUUCUCACGAGAGGAAUUUACGCGAGCACUCAGACUCCCAAGGCAAUGGAGAAGACGGAAAAAGCAAUAAAGAUUGAGAAUAGAGAGGAUAUUUUGAAGUUUGACAAGGACGAGAUAUUGGUAAAACUGGAAAAGGGUGAAGGAACGUUAAAAAUCGAAAAGGUCGGAGCGAAGAAAGAUCAAAAUAUUGUCGAGAAGAAAUCCGAGGAGUCGGAAAAGAGUCAGGUGGAAUUAACUAUUGUCAAAGCGGAAGUCAAACCCGAGGACAAAUCUGUCGGUAGUUCGUUGACCAUCACCACAAUCGCGAAAACGUCAGACGCGGAAAAUGGUGUUUCGAAAAGCGAAGAGAAAAACGAACUAGCGAUAGAGCCGGUUAAAUGCGACAGUGCCGAUCAGAUCAACACCGUCAAAUCGACUGAUGAGAAACACGAUAAAGAAGCUAAUUCGGAGAGUGCGGAAAGUACGUCCGUUGUGGAAAUUGAAAAGGAGGACAAAAUUCAAAAUAAGGAAAACAAAGAGACCACAUCCGUCGAAAAAUCGAACGAGUCACAAGUGCAAAAUAGUGCGAUAGAAUCGGUCGAGAAAAGUGAUACGAAUGUGAAAGACACGGCCGAAAAUGUUGAGAAGAGCACCGAAGGUAUCGAAUUGGAGAACGAUAACAAAAGCGCGAAGCCAGAUACUGCGCCAACUAAAGAAGAGGUCGAAGUACAGGAAGCAAAGAACUCAGAUGUUAAAGAGAAGACCAAGAUUACUCCGAUCGAGGACAAGUGCAGCGUUCAAGCUGCGGAAUUAAAAGCGAUGUUUCCGGAUUUAGAAGUAAUACAACCUUUGUCUCGAUUAACUCAAAUUGACACAUUUGUCUUGCGAGAUAAAUCGACAGAUUAUGGUAACGAGCCUACAGUGGUGCAACUUCUGGCACAUGGUUAUAGCAAUACGCCAAUAAAGUGGCCGAAGGAACACGCAAUCGAAGCACGUUUGAUGCACAUUGUGCACGCGAUAGAACACAAGGAAUGGCCGGUAUCGGUAAACUUUAGCGCUGGCGAGGAGUUGGAUGUGUCGCAGAAUGAAAAAGACUGCUCAGAAGUAAUAACGAUCACCACGGAUCACGGAGUGUCUAGAUCUGUGGCGAGCGGAAACAACAUUUCUCCCUCGAAGAAACGCAAGAGACACAUCGCUAUUGAUGUAGAGACUGAACGAGCCAAGCUUCACGCGCUUCUUAACAGCAGCCAUAUGAGUACAUCGUCACCCGCGCCUCUCAACAAACCGAUCUCCCUGUGGGGUGGAGAAAUCAAUGAUGAAUCCCAGUCCGAAGAAUCGCGACGUUCCACGCCGGUGCAACCGCCUCCUGCGCAUCAGCAAGCACGAACACCGACUAUACCUUUCGAUCUAAAGUACACCGUUCCGGGAAAAACAACUGUCAUACCCGGGACAUCGAGCACUUUGACACCCAUCGAUUUAUCGGCCGGAUAUCCAAAGACAAAUUCCGAUAAUAAUAAGGACAUUAUGAACGAGGUGCAAGACUUUUCUAUGCCGAAUAAGAAUAAGCAAAUCAGUAGCAACAAAGGAAAGUUGGAUAGUAUGUUGGAUAAGCUCAUGAAAAGGAAAUCUUGCUCAACGGAAGAACCGGUAGUUGGAAAAGAGAAAAAACGUAGGAAGCUAGACGAAAUAGUACUGGGUCUGAGCGCCGCGAAAGAGCAACAAAGUGGUCAUUAUCCCGAUCACAGCAAGAAAAACACGAUCACGCCUAAUGUGACCGUGACUCCGACGUCAGCACCAAUUGGACUUCCCAAUCCACCAACGAGUACUCAAAAGCCGUUCUCCAUUACUGUUACUUCGAUUCCAUCCUCUCGAGCUUCGAGUUCCUCCACACCUGUUUUACCGCCGCCGUCGUUACAUUCGCACAAAGACACAUUCUCCGCUUUGCUGGCUCAAGCUGAACAGCAGAAUCGAGAGUUGAAAAAGCAACAGCAGCAGCAACAACAGCAGCAUCAACAGCAGCAGCAGCAGCAACAACAACAACAGCAGCAGCAGCAACAACAGCAGCAGCAGCAGCAGCAGCAAACAUUUAAUUCGGCGCAUUCGUCUUCCUCGAGCAGUAGUCAUCGAAAGAGUUACGAGGCGAUGAUCGCGGACAUUAACAAAGUCGCCGAGUACUCGUCCAAGAUUGGCUCGUACUCGCACGAGGCGAAGGUGAACAAAUGGCUGGCGGAACAGAGCGCCAUGUCGGAACAAUUGAGCGCAGAAUAUCUGAACGCUCCUCGACGACGAAGACCACGUGUCGAUCCGUCCUUAUUGGAUUGGAAGAAACUUACUGGCGAGGAAAAUGUCGCCGUUAUCAAUCGAUUAACUGGCAAGAAGGUAACAGGAAGUAAAGCGCCGCAGCUGAAACGACUCGGACAGUGGUUGUUGGAAAACCCGAUGUUUGAUGUAGAUCCAAAGUGGGCGGAACUUGUGAAGGAACGCGGCAAUCUCCCACACGAUCUGCAAAAGAGACUGCCAGGUAACGAGCGUGGUGGUGGUGUGAACAAAGGUAAAAGUCCGGGCAGACCGCCUAUGAUGCCUAGUCCCACAAGUCAGCAGUCGACUAAUCCCGCUAAUCUGGUGGCUACUUCGAUGGCGUCUGGUCUCAACUUCCCACUUAGCAACUUGAACAAUUCUUUGUUGUCGGCGGGACUGUCGCUUAGCAACUUCGAUCCGAAGAACAAUCCGUUGCUGAUGCCGUUUGGUGGUUUAACAAAUCUGGGUGCACUCAGCGGUCUCGGAAACCUCGGCAAUCUUGGCAAUAUGGCUCUAACAAAUUCGCUGUUUGCCAAUUUAGCCGGAUUGGGUUUGCCGACGUUAGCAGGCAUGGAGGCGGCGUUGAACGCACAAGCGGCGACAAGCAGCGCAGCGGCGGCUGCGGCUGCGGCAGAUCCAAUCGUGAGUUCAGCGAAUAGCGGAAGCGGCAACAACAAGAGUGGUGGAGCGAGUACUUCGUCAUCUAGCAUGAGCAACAGUGGCGGCAACAGUAAGUCACGUAGCAGCAAACUUGACCAACCGACGACGAGUAAAUCGUCGGCCAGCAGCUCAUCAACUUCUGCCGCCGCCUCGGCUGCAACGAGUUUGCCAUUCCCAUUUUUCUUCUCAAACCCCAGUCUCAUUUAUCCACCGCUAACCACCUUAAGCGGUUUGAAUCCGUUCUCCAUGCAAUCUGGUGGCGUGUCGACUGCCUAUGAGAGUCUAGCGCAAGGUUUGUUGAAUCCACCGAUACCUAGCGCCUCAUCUACAUCACGUAAACCUGCAUCCAGCGGAUCUUCUUCGAGACAGCGCGAAUCUAUGCCGGAAUCAUCAACGUCGUCAUCGUCGUCAUCAAAACGAAAGGAAUCCGAGAAGAAGUCUGCUAGAUAUUCUGUAGACCCUGCUGUGACCUUGCAACAGUAUACGGACUUGGCGGCGUUGCAUAGUAGCGAAGACAGACGUCGUCUUGAGCAACAACAACAGCAUGAGAAAAGAGAACCAACGACGGAACAGCCGGACGUGAUAGCGGCAGAUCUGUCGGAAAAAAAAGUUGAACGAAAAAGUAAGGAACAAGAGAUGAGAGAGGCUCUCGAGCACUUAAGCAGAACUAAUGCCGAGCUAGUCACGCGUAACGUCGAAGAUACGCCACGAUCUGAAAAGAGAAGCCGCAGUAGUACGGACAGCAAUCAAACCUCAGACCAGCAGCAACGGUCAACGCCAUCAACACCGCUCGAGGUUACUCUGGAACCCGUUGCAAAAAAAAUGCGCACCGAAGUGGACGCGAAUUCGAAACCGUCAUCGAAUAACGACGUGGUGACAAUGGAGAUCGAACCGGUUCCGAGACCGUUACCAACAACACCAACCAAAACAACGACACAGGUGCCCUCACAAGAAGAGAUCGAUGUCUCGUCUGCGGAAACAAGUCCGCCAAAGAAAGAAGUGAGCGAGACAACCAUGCCUGCCACGUCAAGCAAUGCAACGUCACCGUCGACACAAAGUUCCGGCGCGUCGACAAAAACCGAUAGCGGUCAGAAAGCCGCGUCAGAAACGACCGAAGAGGAUGGCAAAGGUGGUCCUAAGACGAAAAAAGCGCGUAGCGGCAAGCGCCUGAGCUUAGAGCCGCCUCCGGAACGGAAGAAUCUUCGCUCAAGCGCCGGUCGACAGGCGCGAGCGGCUGCGGAGCGACAGGCGCGAAUGGAGGGCGAGAUGCACUCCGAGCAACAGCAAGAUAAUCCUACGUCUACCGAGUGAUUCACAAAGUUUCGUCGAGUUACUGCGACGGGAAAAAAACGACGACUAUAAGAAAGUUUUUGGACAUGACGAGAAAAUUCCGUGUUUACGAUUUUUAUGUCCGCGGGGUUUUCUUCUAUUUCUCUGAUUGUGACACUGCUCGCGCACAACGAAGAUCUGUAGAUAAAUUUCUGGACUUGACAUAUAACUGGAAUUACUCAAGAUGAUGUUUCUAAAGUGAACUGAUUUUUAAAAGCACAAAUACAUUGAAAGAGCUACGGACAUUGAGAAAAAAAAACUGCUGUAGUGCGCUUUCUCGAUUAUGUGUGAACGUGUGUGAACAAAUAGAACUUCUUUAUUUUGCAGAAGAUUAACUGCGUAUUAUUAAUUAUUAUUAAUUAUUAUCAUUAUUAUUAUUAUUAAUAAUGUUAUUAUUAUUAGUCAUUGGCAAAAGUGUACGGUGACAGUGUAUGUGUAUUAAAAAAAGGGCUGAAAAAGAAGUCUCUUAAAAAAAAAAAA